CAAAAGCGUAAACCAUGUCGGGUUUGAUGUAUUUAUUCUGUAUAAUAGCUGGAAUUGUAGAUCUCGAGCCACAAGAAUGUGACAUUGAAAUGACAAGAAUUGUGUUCUUUUAUGGGCCAUCAUACACCGAUCGACAAUAUUAUGAUCUUGAUAACACAGCUGCCAUCUUAAAUCAUCCAAAAUUUACCAUGCGUCGACCAACAACAGCUUAUAUGUACGGAUAUUAUAGCUCAUUACAACGUCCCAGUGCUCAUUUAUUAGUAAAUGCUUACUUAAAUAAUAACUCCUUUAAUUUCCUUGUGAUUGAUUGGGAACAAGCUGGCAGUGGAACUUAUAUUCAAGCUCAACGAAAUCUUCUAAAGCUUGCUCCUCGAGUAGCUGAAUCAUUUGUUAAAUUAAUUGAUGCUGGUUUAAAUAAGGAUAAUUUCACUUUGGUAGGACAUUCAAUGGGUGCUCAUGGAGUUGGACUUAUUGGUGAAGCAAUGUCAAAUCAGACUAAGGGAAGAUUGUUGUUACCCCGAGUUACUGGCUUAGAUCCUUCGAAUCCUGAUUAUCAUAAAGAAUUUAUUUUGCCUCCAGUCAAAAAGACAUCGGGUCAAUUUGUAGAUAUUAUGCACACAAGUGCUGGUCAACGAGGAACCACCAUUCACAGUGGUCAUGCUAAUUUCUGGCCAAAUAAUGGAUCAACUAUUCAACCAGAAUGUCCUUCGGAGGAAGUCAAUAUUUUGUGUAGUCACCUUAAAGCUCUAGGAUACUGGGCAGAAGGAGUUGACAAAGGAGAUACCGAUAAAUUUUUAUCAUUUCCUGCUAAAAGCUAUCCAGACUUUCUCGAAACUGGAGGCGAUAAGUCGAAGGCUGUAUUAAUGGGUAUUGACUGUCCUACAAGUGCUGAAGGAGAUUACUAUCUUCAAGUAAAUAAAACAUUUCAAAGAGUAAAAAUGUUAGCUUUAAGAUCAAAGUUUGUCACAUGUGCAAAUAUUUUUUUGAUUUUUGUUUUAUUAUUUUUAAACAAGACCGUCUUAGGGGACCCCAUUAAUUCAGUUAGAAUAAUUUUCUACCAUGGACCAGAUUUUAAAGACAACAAAUCAUAUAAGCUUAACGAUUUAGCUUCAAUCUUGAAACACCCAAAAUUUGUUCAUAAAAAUACCAGUUGCUACUUGCAUGGUUACAAUAACACCCAAGAUGAUUACAGUGUCCAUUUGUUGGUGGAUUCAUAUUUGAAAGGAAAUGACUUUAAUUUUUUGACAGUUGAUUUUGCAGCUUUAGUUAAUGGUAGUUACACUUCAGCUCAAGAAAAUAUUUUGAAGCUUGUGCCUCGUUUAUCAAAUUCAUUUUUGGAUCUUAUCAAAGCUGGUUUGGAUGUGAAUUCAAUAAGUUUAGUUGGCCAUUCCCUAGGGGGCGUUGCAGUUGGAUUAAUUGGAAGGGAUAUUUAUCAGAAAACUAAUGGAAGAGUUAUUCUUCCUAGAAUUUCACCUUUGGAUCCAUCGAAUCCAGAUGAGCGUGAUGAUUACUUUCUACCGGCUGUACAAAAAACCGAUGCUAAAUUUGUUGAUGUGAUUCAUGCUAGUGCUGGACAAACUGGUACACCAGUUCACACUGGACAUGUUGAUUUCUGGCCAAAUGGAGGAGAACCAAUUCAACCAGGAUGUCCGGAAGAAAGUGUUAACGAGGAAUGUAGUCACCAUAAGGCCUGGGCUUAUUGGGCUCAAAGUGUGGCCAAGGUUAAUUCAAGACAAUUACUUUCAUAUCGUGCUAAAAAUUAUGAAUCAUAUUUGGCAAAUGAAAGAGGAUUGAAAAAAGGACAAGCUAUUCCCAUGGGAAUUUAUUGCCCAAAAAGUGCAUGUGAUGGCGAUUACUAUUUAAAACUAAACAGUACAUAUGGUGAAAAUGGAGAUCCAUCGGGCCUUCCUAAAUAAACUCAUAAUUUUUUUAAAAGUUGUCUGUAAGAAAAUACGGUCUCUAAAUUUAUGUCUCGACUGUGAAAC